UAACUCUCAUAAACUCCAUUUACACACCAAACACCAUUACAAGACUCGAUUUUUAUCUGUUUUAUCCAUUGAUCUUCAAUACCCAUAAAAAUUUAUCAAAUGGGUAAAUCAUUUCAUCCAAUCUUUUGCAUUUUUCUUUCACUUUUGACCAUUUCUUAUGCUCAAGAUUGCAACACAUACAGAUUCUCAAACAACAAUGUGUAUGCAACAUGUAUCGCCUUACCUGUUUUAAACUCACAGCUUCACUGGAACUACCACCCCACCAACGCCACCGUUAACGUAGCCUACCGACAAACCGGAGUCACAACCUCCCAAUGGGUAGCUUGGGCCCUCAAUGUUGGUGGCUCAGGUAUGGUUGGAGCCCAAGCUCUUGUGGGCUUAGUGAGCUCAAACGGGUCGGUCCAAGCUUACACUUCAUCGGUUACCGGUUAUGGAACAGGGCUGCAACCCACCAGGUUGAGUUUUGAUGUGCCCAGGGUCACGGCGGAGAUGGUUAAUGGCGAUGUGGUGAUAUAUGCAACUUUGGUGUUGCCUAGCGGGCGUACGAGUUUUAACCAGGUGUGGCAGGUGGGUCCUGUUUCAGACGGAGCUCCAUCGAUUCAUCAGAUGGGUUCUGCUAAUAGAAACUCGGUUGGGACGGUGGAUUUCGCUACCGGUCAGACUAGUGCAGACAGCGGCAACGCUGGCGGUUCACGGAGACGCCGGAGAAAUACACAUGGAGUGUUGAAUGCUUUGAGUUGGGGAGUAAUGAUGCCAUUGGGAGCCAUGGCUGCAAGAUAUCUGAAGGUGUUCAAGGCAGCUAACCCAGCCUGGUUCUACAUCCAUGUUACCUGCCAAGCUUCCGCCUAUAUAAUCGGUGUAGCCGGAUGGGCCACCGGACUCAAGCUAGGCAGUGACUCCACCGGUAUUCAGUACGGCACCCACCGCAACAUCGGCAUCGCGCUAUUCACCCUAGGAACCAUUCAGGCAUUCGCUCUGCUACUGCGGCCAAAACCCGACAACAAGUACAGAUUUUACUGGAACAUUUACCACCACGGUAUAGGAUACACCGUGAUCCUCUUAAGCAUCAUCAACGUGUUCAAAGGGUUCGACAUUUUGGACCCUGAGAAGAAGUGGAAGAAGGCCUAUAUCGGCAUACUUAUCUUUUUGGUGGUAAAUACACUAAUUUUGGAAGCGUACACAUGGUUCAUUGUUUUAAAGAGGAAACAGGAAGAGAAAAGAGAAUAUCCAGGCAAUGGCUACAACCAGUCAGCUUAGAGGUGAGACCAGCAGCUAGAUGAUGUUAUGUUUUCAUUUUCAUAAUUUGUAUUUUGGAUAUGAGUUGUAAUUCUUUUGGUGGUAUAUAUAUGUAUUGACAUUUGAUGAUA